AUGUCCUCCAGUGAGACUCUGCCAUGUCGGUCAAGUAUGUCCUCCAGUGAGACAAAGCGAUGUCAGUCAAGUAUGUCCUCCAGUGAGACAUGGCAAUGUUGGUCAAGCAUGUCCUCCAGUGAGACAAAGCGAUGUCAGUCAAGUAUGUCCUCCAGUGAGACAUGGCAAUGUCGGUCAAGCAUGUCCUUCAGUGAAACAUGGCCAUGUCGGUCAAGUAUGUCCUCCAGUGAGACAAAGCGAUGUCAGUCAAGUAUGUCCUCCAGUGAGACAUGGCAAUGUUGGUCAAGCAUGUCCUCCAGUGAGACAUGGCCAUGUCAGUCAAGUAUGUCCUCCAGUGAGACAUGGCCAUGUUGGUCAAGUAUGUCCUCCAGUGAGACUCGGCCAUGUCAGUCAAGUAUGUCCUCCAGUGAGACAUGGCCAUGUUGGUCAAGUAUGUCCUCCAGUGAGACAAAGCGAUGUCAGUCAAGUAUGUCCUCCAGUGAGACAUGGCAAUGUUGGUCAAGCAUGUCCUCCAGUGAGACAUGGCCAUGUCAGUCAAGUAUGUCCUCCAGUGAGACAUGGCCAUGUUGGUCAAGUAUGUCCUCCAGUGAGACUCGGCCAUGUCUGUCAAGCAUGUCCUCCAGUGAGACUCGGCCAUGUCUGUCAAGCAUGUCCUCCAGUGAGACUCGGCCAUGUCUGUCAAGCAUGUCCUCCAGUGAGACAUGGCAAUGUCAGUCAAGCAUGUCCUCCAGUGAGACUCGGCCAUGUCGGUCAAGCAUGUCCUCCAGUGAGACAUGGCAAUGUCAGUCAAGCAUGUCCUCCAGUGAGACUCGGCCAUGUCUGUCAAGUAUGUCCUCCAGUGAGACACGGCCAUGUUGA